AUGAAAACUAAGGAUUUUCCCCAUAAUAAUUUCAAUACUAUUGAAGACAUACUCUUGUCAAGCAUCUCUAUAAUUCAAAAAAGUAUUAAAGAUAUCAUUGAACGAGAUAACAAACUAUCCACUUAUGAGAAAAAUGGAAACAACAUCAAUCUCAGAUUAUAUUACCCAAACCACCAAAUAUCCGAUGAACAUAUAAUUCAUUUCAGCAAAUACACAGAUAUAGAAAAGAUCUCAUUCGACAAAAAGAAAAAGAAAACUAUCUUUAUCUCUCUCUCAAAAGAAAACCUACAUAAUCUCCUAAAUGAAAGAGAUACCACCAACAAGAUGAACAAGUUCAUCACGCACUGUGACGAUUACCAUAUGGUAAUUGGAAACAUCAACUCAUCCAAUCAAGACAUUGAAAAAGUGUUAAAAGAACAACUUAACCUAAAAAUUGACUUCUUCUUUUCUCACAUCAAAGUCAACAAAAACAAUACCUCCUUUUUCCACCUCAUCGAAAGAAAAAACAACUCAAUCAAAUCAAAGCUACUCCAAUCACCAUACUAUCGUAUUAAGAUUAAGUCUGCAACAAAAUCAAAAAAUCAUCCCAACAACAAAAUCAAUCAACUAAUCAAUGAAGAUAUACUAGGGGUCUCCACUGAUAAAGAAAUUGAUAACAACAUUACCAAAAUCAAUCAAUUAAGCAAUGAAGAUAUGUCCAGGGUCUCCACUGUUAAAGAAAUUGAUAACAACAAUACCAUAAUCAAUUAA